AUGGAGGACUCGGAGGAGGCGUCGGGGUGGGAGAGGUCCUCCACUUGUAGGGCCCCCAACACCACCGACUGCGUCGCCUCGAGCGACAGCUUGGGCCCGGCAGCGGCGGUGGCGGCGGCCGACCGGGGAGGCAAGUCGAUGGAAGAAGGGGAGGGGGAGGAGAUGGGCCGCCUUCUGUCCUGCACCGAGGACGGGAGCCUUCGGCCGGCCGGCGCGGCGAUGGCGUCUGCGGCGGAGGAGCACGGGGAGGUGAGCCUGAGGGAGUGGCUGGACUGGCGGGGGCGUCCGGUGGACCUCUUCGAGAGCCUCCACGUCUUCCGGCAGAUCGUCGAGGCGGUGAGCCUUGCCCACUCGCAGGGUGUCGUUGUCGGCAACGUCCGCCCCUCCUGCUUCGUUCUAUCGUCUUUCAAUCGCGUCUCCUUCAUCGAGUCCGCCUCCUCCUCCACCUCCGGCUCCGACUCCUGCGAGGACACUGGCGGCGGCUCCGACGAUAACCCCACAGGUCGGCGGCUCAUGGACCAAGAGGGGACUCCCGAGGAUGGCACCUCCAAGAGGGCGUCGGACACCAGCUGCCUGCGCUCGGGCUCCGCGUACGCCGAGGAGGUGGAGGGCGGUGGAGGGGAGGUGGAGGUGGCGGGGGAGGAGAAAAAGGCAUUUCCUCUAAAGCAGAUACUGCUUAUGGAGUUAAAUUGGUACACAAGCCCAGAGGAAGCCGGCGGCAAUCCAAGUACAUUCGCCUCGGAUAUCUACCGAUUGGGUGUUCUUCUGUUUGAGUUGUUCUGCACGUUCGACUCACUGGAUGAGAAGCUCAGGACCAUGUCCAACUUGAGACAUCGUGUUCUCCCUCCUCAGCUGCUGCUCAAGUGGCCAAAGGAAGCUUCCUUUUGCUUGUGGUUGUUGCACCCUAAGCCGGAAAGCAGACCGAAAAUCAGUGAGAUAUUGCAAAGUGAGUUCCUCAAUCAACCAAAAAAUAGUUUGAAAGAGCAUGAAGCAGCAAUCAAGUUAAGGGAGGAGAUAGAAGAUCAGGAAUUUCUCCUGGAAUUUCUUUUGCAGCUGCAGCAAAGAAAACAGGAAGCUGCUGAUCGGUUGCAUGAUACAAUCUGUUUUCUCUCUGCUGACAUAGAAGAGGUUCUAAACCAGCAGUCAAUUCUCAAACAGAAAGGAGGCUCCUAUACAGAAUCAGACAAAGAAGAGCAUUCAGCAAUAAAUAAAGAGGACCCACAGUUGCAGUAUCCUGCAAUAGAUGAGGACUCAUCCUGCUGUACUUCCAGAAAACGCUUCAGACCAGGAAUUCAAAAUUUAAAUGAAGAGGAGCAUAAUAAUAUGCUUGAUGCAGGUUUCAGACCAGAGAAACUCCCUCAGAUUCAGGAAAAUAUUCUGUCAAAAAGUUCUCAAGUAAUGAAGAACUUCAAAAAAUUGGAGGCAGCCUAUUUCUCAACGAGAUACAGGAUGGUGAAGCCAUCAAGCAAACCCAUAGUUAAUCAAGUUACUAGUGGUGAGAGAGGAUCAGUUAUCAGGAGUGAAGGAAGUUCCGUUGAUGAUAUGGUUUCUAAAGAAGGCCAUUAUGGUGGAAGAAAAAAUGGAUGGAUAAAUCCAUUUCUUGACGGCUUAUGCAAAUUUAUGUCAUUCAGCAAGUUAAAAGUUAAGGCUGAACUAAAGCAAGGUGAUCUGUUAAGCUCUUCAAAUUUAGUAUGCUCCUUGGGUUUUGAUCGGGAUAAAGAAUUUUUUGCUGCCGCCGGGAUAAAUAGGAAAAUUAAAAUUUUUGAAUGUGAUAUGAUUCUGAGUGAAGAUCGUGACAUUCAUUAUCCUGUAGUUGAAAUGGGUAGUAGGUCAAAACUAAGUUGUAUUUGCUGGAAUAAUUAUAUCAAGAACCAGAUUGCUUCAAGUGACUUUGAAGGUAGAGUGCAGGUUUGGGAUGUUACAAGAAGCCAUGCUUUUAUGGAAAUGAGGGAGCAUGAGAAGCGUGUAUGGUCUGUUGACUUUUCGCUUGCUGAUCCAACAAAGUUGGCUAGUGGAAGUGAUGAUGGCGCAGUGAAACUGUGGAAUAUCAAUCAGGCUGGAAGCAUUGGUACUAUCAAAACAAAGGCAAAUGUGUGCUCCGUGCAGUUCCAACCUGAUUCUGCAUGCUCGCUAGCAAUUGGUUCAGCAGAUCAUAAAAUCUACUGCUAUGAUCUUCGUAACAUGAGAAUGCCUUUUUAUACAUUAGUUGGUCACACAAAGACUGUGAGCUAUGUGAAGUAUCUAGAUUCAUCAAAUAUUGCAUCUGCGUCCACUGACAAUUCGUUGAAACUUUGGGACUUGUCUUCAAGUACAUCAAGGAUGCUAGACAACCCUCUUCAAACUUUCACAGGGCAUACAAAUGUAAAGAAUUUUGUUGGCCUAUCUAUUUCUGAUGGCUAUAUUGCUACAGGUUCAGAAACUAAUGAGGUUUUUAUCUAUCACAAAGCCUUUCCGAUGCCGGUUUUGUCAUACAAAUUCAACAUUACAGACCCCAUAUCUGGCCAGGAGGUUGAUGAUGCAUCGCAGUUCAUUUCAUGUGUCUGCUGGCGAGGCCAAUCUUCCACCUUGCUUGCCGCCAAUUCUAGCGGGAAUAUCAGAAUCUUGGAGAUGGUGUGACUCCAAAAUUAGAAGUUGGUUGCAUAUAUAGGGAAAUACUUUGUCGACCUAAUGAUGUUUAUCCUCGAAAAGUUCACAGGCCAGCUGAAGUAGUUGGUGGUUCGAAAGCAUGGAUAUCUGUUGGGGUGAAGUUCUGGAAUCUGGUGGUUCCAUAACGAUAGCAUAGCGAAAGCUGAUAGCAGAUGUAACAUGUAAAGGGAAGGAAGAAAAAGAGGGAGACACGGAGGGAAUGAUGUGUAAAUCAUUGAUAAGAGGUAUGCACCAUAGUUGAUCAAAUGAGCACUUUUUACUCCAGUUUUUCAGCUUUCUUAGUACGCACUUUUAUUUGACUGCCAUUUGGUAGUGCAUCGUGUUUAUGUUAUUCAAUUAGUUAAUUAAAAUAAUCCUGGUUU